UACAAAGAACACCCUCUCGGAUGCCCACGACGAUCUUGAGGUAGGCGGUCUCAGAGAUGACCAGGAGGGCGAUGCGAUGAGCCCUCACAUCAACUAUUCCAACCACCCCAAUGUCAAGGCCCUACCGGGACUUGACUUCGGCGUUGGAGAUGGUGUGCCAAUUCUGAAUCGACGUCAUUCCGGUCUUUUCCGCCGUAUCGUGCUUCCACAAGACGCAUCCAACAAUCCGCGCUCUGCGCAAGGCACCAAAUCCGUCGCCAGUCGACUUCAAGCUGUGUUCCAGGCAGCGAUUCGCACCUACGAGGAGAAUGAUGGGGUCCCGACGAUGAGAAACCUUUGGACUUCUACCUUUGAGAAGCUUCGUCUCUCUGACAAAACCUGGGACUUCGAUAUUUCCUACAGGAACACUCCCGUUAUCAUUUACAAGAUCACGGCAGCCCGCAGUCGGUUUCUGAACAGCGAUGCCGACAAGUCGUCGAUCCCUGCGGAGUUCUUCGAGUUCCUCCAUACCAUCGACACCUUCAUCCUAAAGGUCGAAUCUAGCAUCGGCAAGAACAAAAGCAAUCCGUUGAAGAAGAAGCGUCCCCACGACGACGAGACUGAAGAGAGCCAGCAUGCGCUGAAGAGGACCCGAGUCGCAGAUGUAUACGAAGACAUUGAGAAGAAGACUAAGGAGGAGCAGAUUCAAUACUGGAAAGAGACGGCGUUGGGUCUAAAGAAAGAGCUUGAGGGACGGGAUGAGGCGUUCGAGGGACUCAACAAGCUCCUUCACGAGAUGAAGCACCACGAGAAUCGGAGCAAUCUGGAGUUAAAUAACUUUGUUUCUCAUCUUUGGGACGAAGCUCUUCCUCAGAUCAACAGCAAGCAGAGACAACAGGGCAAGGCGGAGUGGGCUUCAUCCCAGCUCCAGAGGUACUUGAGAGCUACUGGAUCGAGCAACAUUGCUGACGCUAUGCUUGGCAUCUGCGACUUUGCUGAUCGUGAACACAUGUAG